UAACAAACUUAUUAAAACAAAGGUCAAAUUUAACGAUAUACGUUAGGAGACUCUUCACAAAUGUUUCAACGUUACCGACACGUAACCAGAGUUCACCGAACACCGUCCUUCGUUUUGUUUAUAAAACAAGAGAUAGGUAAAGAUAGAAAGAGUCGUCUCUCUGAAAUCACAAAACCCUUACUUUGUUUUAUAUUCUGGAGUUGAGACUAAUCUGGCGUUGCCCACCAAACCUAACUUCGCUUCUACUUCACACAAAACUCGUGUCGUCCUGUCUUGUACACAGAAGAACGUAGUUUAUAAAGAGGUUCUCUUUUGUUUCUGUUUCUUUAGUGUCGGGUUUGAGUAAAGAUGGAGAACAAGGCCAAUAAUGGAAACGAGGAAGGUCCAAUAAUACAUAGCCAAGUGGUGAAGAUAAAGAAAGAGUUUGAGAAGAUAAGGCAACCGUCCCUGCAGCAGCCGGAGAUGAGGAGGGUUCUUAGCGAGAUCAAAAGGCGUCAACGUUCACGUUCUCCUCUUGGUUUAGGGGAGAGAUCUAUUUCCGUUGGAUAUUGAUCCAUGGUUGUUGACUUUGUAAUAUCGAGAGAGAGGUUAAAAAAAAAAAAAAAAAGAGAGGGGUAUAGACGUAUAGUAGAUGUGGUUUCUAAAAGUUAGUUGACAGGUUUUGUUGUAUAUAUUUUGCUAUGUAAAUACUCUUUGGUAUGAAUAUGAUGGAUACGUUUCCCCUCUUUGUAUA